GGGGAGGGAGCGCUGGCGAGCGAGAGCAAAGGCGAGCGGCGGGAGAGGCGCGGGAGGGAGCGCACCGCCGAGACGCACGCACGCAGCCACACGGUCGCUGGGAUUCCAGGAGAAAAAGUGAGGCGAGCCAGGGCGAGCGGGAGAAGAUUAUUAUUUUUUAAUUUUAUUUUUAUUUUGUAUUUUUUUGGGGGGGGCAGUUCUUUCCUCGUCUUGGUGCGAAAGAAGCGACUCGGGUUCUCGUCCUCGAAGCUCCCACUUGGAUUGUUGGGUCCCUGGCGCGGACCCCCGCCGGCGGAUUUCUUUGCCAUUUGCAUUUUGUUCUGACCCCCCACCCUCGCUGCUUCCUUGCAGCCCCUCCCUCGCCGACCGCCGCCGCCCCCCUCCCCAGAUCGCCGGACCCCUCCUGGGAAGCUCCGGGGGGAUUCGGCCCCGCUGGGACUCGCGCCUCCCGGGACCUGGACCAGCGGCGGCUCGGGCAGCCCUCCGGACCCGCUUCGCCUCGAAAGCGCAUCUGCACACGUCUACGUGCCGUUUGGUGACAGUGGGCACUGGGGGCGUCGAGAGCUGCCCACCGCCUCCUAAUCCCCCAAACCAGAGGCGAGGACGCGGGACUCCGGAGCUUCAUCGAGUGGACUAGCUGGGAUCUCCGCAUUGGAUUUGGGGCAUAUCAAUACUGCGUGGCUAUUAUUAUCGUUGUCGUUAUUAUUUUUAUUAUUAUUAUUAUUUUACCCAAGGGAGAAAGACAACAAAACAAAACAAAACAAAACUGGGAUUUAUUUAACAUGAUCUUGGCAAACGCCUUCUGCCUCUUCUUCUUUUUAGACGAGACCCUCCGCUCUUUGGCCAGCCCUUCCUCCCCGCAGGGCCCCGAGCUCCACGGCUGGCGCCCCCCGGUGGACUGUGUUCGGGCCAAUGAGCUGUGCGCGGCCGAAUCCAACUGCAUCUCCCGCUACCGCACGCUGCGGCAGUGCCUGGCAGGCCGGGACCGCAACACCAUGCUGGCCAACAAGGAGUGCCAGGCGGCCCUGGAGGUCCUGCAGGAGAGCCCGCUGUACGACUGCCGCUGCAAGCGGGGCAUGAAGAAGGAGCUGCAGUGCCUGCAGAUCUACUGGAGCAUCCAUCUGGGGCUGACGGAGGGGGAGGAGUUUUAUGAAGCUUCGCCCUACGAGCCAGCCACCUCCCGCCUCUCCGACAUCUUCAGGCUCGCCUCAAUCUUCUCAGGGACAGGGGUGGACCCGGUGGUCAGCACCAAGAGCAACCACUGCCUGGAUGCCGCCAAGGCCUGUAACCUGAAUGACAACUGCAAGAAGCUCCGCUCCUCCUAUAUCUCCAUCUGCAACCGCGAGAUCUCGCCCACGGAGCGCUGCAACCGCCGCAAGUGCCACAAGGCCCUGCGCCAGUUCUUCGACCGGGUGCCCAGCGAGUACACCUACCGCAUGCUCUUCUGUUCCUGUCAGGACCAGGCGUGUGCCGAGCGCCGCCGGCAGACCAUCCUGCCCAGCUGUUCCUAUGAGGACAAGGAGAAACCCAACUGCCUGGACCUCCGCGGUGCAUGCCGGACUGAUCACCUGUGCCGGUCCCGGCUGGCUGACUUCCAUGCCAAUUGUCGCGCCUCCUACCAGACACUCACCAGCUGCCCUGCGGACAAUUACCAGGCGUGUCUGGGCUCCUAUGCUGGCAUGAUCGGGUUUGACGUGACACCCAACUACGUGGACUCCAGCCCCACUGGCAUCGUGGUGUCCCCCUGGUGCAACUGUCGCGGGAGCGGGAACAUGGAGGCGGAGUGCGAGAAAUUCCUCAGUGACUUCACCGAGAACCCGUGCCUCCGGAAUGCCAUCCAGGCCUUUGGCAACGGCACCGAUGUGAACCUGUCCCCUAAAAACCCCUCCUUCCAGGCCACUCAGGCCCCUCGGCUGGAGAAGACGCCUUCUCUGCCAGAUGACCUCAGUGACAGCACCAGCCUGGGGACCAGUGUUAUCACCACCUGCACGUCUGUCCAGGAGCAGGAGCUGAAGGCCAAUAACUCCAAAGAGUUUAGCUUGUGCUUCACAGAGCUCACAACGAACAUCAUCCCAGGGAGCAACAAGGUGAUCAGACCGAACUCAGGCCCCUGCAGGGUCCGCCCAUCGGCUGCCUUGACCACUGUGGCCCUCCUUAUGCUGAAGCUCGCCUCGUAGGCUCUGGGACCUGUGUCGGAGGUUUCUGGAAGCUCCUCAGACAAGAAAUGGAAACUCCGGACAUUAUGGAAACAUACACUGACACACACCUUGCAAAAAAAAAAAAAGUUUCCCUCCACCUUGUCUCUGAAACUGUCUCCUCCCAGCUUUCUUCUCUGGAGAAGUUUUUUUCUAAACCAAACCGAAUAGCAGGCAGGUCCACCUGAGAGCUGGCCGUGAGGUCUGGCCAGGGCUGCUGCUUGCUGAGGAGGAGGGCAGAAGGCUCUAGAAACACCCUUCAGUUUCUCCUGGUGUUUUUCUCUCUGGACCCCACUGACAAGAGACCUGAAUGAGACCCCUGCAGCUCCGGGGGCUGGGGGCUUCGCCUGCAGUAGGCUGGGGCAGGAUGGCCACACUGCUGCCCUGGGCUGCUGCC